UACUCCCGGAAACCCCCUGCUAUUGCAAAUACAAUUUUUGUAGCGUGUUAUGUGAAUGUACUUAUUUAGCAUUAAUAUACAUAUACUAUAAGCGUCAAAGGGUUGUAUAACUUGAGUGGUAAUUACUGCUUUGCAAUGUCGGUAUUCGGAAAUACCAGUUCAUCGUUUUCGUUCGGGGCCUCGAACACGACCACCAACCAUAACCCUAUGAAAGAUAUUGAAGUAACUUCUCCACCAGACGACAGUAUAAGUUGUCUUGAAUUCAGUCCCGCUACCUUGCCUGGGAACUUCCUUAUAGCAGGUUCAUGGGCUAACGACAUACGAUGCUGGCAGAUUGAGGAUAAUGGCCAAACUGUCCCGAAAGCUCAACAAAUGCAUCAAGGGCCAGUUCUGGAUGUUUCCUGGAGUGACGACGGCACAAAAGUUUUCACGGCUUCUGCUGAUAAAACUGCGAAAAUGUGGGAUCUUGCGGCAAACCAAGCCACCCAAGUUGCUCAGCACGAUGCUCCCAUAAAAACUUGUCAUUGGAUUAAAAGUCCGAACUACUCAUGCCUUAUGACGGGGAGUUGGGACAAGACUGUGAAAUUUUGGGACACUCGUUCAUCCUCUCCAAUGAAAGCAAUAACUCUAAACGAGCGCGUUUAUUGCGCUGAUGUUGUCUACCCAAUGGCAAUGGUAAGCUGCGCAGAUAAAAAGUUGGUCUGUUUAAAACUUGAAAGCGAGCCUCAAGAAUACCAGAAGUUUGACUCACCGCUAAAGUACCAGCAUCGCUGUAUUAGUAUUUUCAAGAACAAAAUGCAGUCUUCCCCUGUCGGGUUUGCACUUGGUAGUAUAGAAGGGAGGGUAGCCAUCCACUACAUACAGCCCAGCAGCCCGCGUGAUAACUUCACCUUCAAAUGCCACCGUUCAACCCCCACACAACCACAGGAGAUUCACGUCGUCAAUUCAAUCGCGUUCCACCCAACAUUUGGCACGCUUGCUACAGUUGGCUCAGACGGGAAAUACAGUUUCUGGGACAAAGAUGCGAGAACAAAACUCAAAGGUUCAGAACAGCUCCCCCAGUCUAUAUCAGCGUGUGCCAUCAGUCAUAAUGGGAAUAUUUUCGCAUAUGCGUCAAGUUACGACUGGUCAAAAGGACAUGAGCAUUAUAACCCUCAACAGAAGAACUACAUCUUCUUGAAGAACUGUGCGGAGGACAUGAAACCAAGAGCAAAAAAAUGAACUUAAAAAAAUCAUCAUUUUAAGUAACCAAUUAAAAUACCAGUUAAACAGGUCACACUCUGAACUAUAGCUGUUCUCCAGAAGGAAUUUCAAAUUUUCCACAAAAACACUUUUGUGUAACUAUCAUUAAUAUGUUGUGAUAUAGUUUUUGAUUUUUGUAUCAAAGUAACUUUGAUAUUGCCCAUAAACAAACUUCAGUUGACUACAACAUGUUAUAUUGUUUAACUAAACUAACUGUUAGUUAAAAUGAUAUGUAAAAAUGUCUGACUCCAAAAAAAGUCAUGUCGGAAAAAUGCUUAAAAAAAUUUUGAAAAAUGUCGGACUUGUUUUGUUUAUCGGACUUGUUUUGUUCCUAAGCAUGAUUUUUUAGGAAUUCAAAAGUUAUCACUUUAUUUGUAAGCAUUAACUGCCGUAUAAUUGUAUCACACAUCCUUGUUUCUUAG